AUGAUAGAUACACGAGAAUGGUUUUGGUUCGGGAUUCAUAUUUUUUUUUAUUCAAUUAUUUUCACUGGUUUAAUAUGUAUAUUUAUUAUAUGGUAUUAUUGGUUUUUUGUUCGAUAUCAUAUUCGAAAUAAAUCAAAGAUAAAUGUAAAAUUACAGAGUCGUUCAUUUGUUUUUCAUACAUUAUCAUUUCAAAUAUCUACUAAUGAGAAUAUUCUACUUAAUGUACAAAUUUCACCAUUAGAAAAACAACUGAUUGAAUUAGCACAAUUAAAUGGACAACAAUAUAAAAUAAUUUCAUUUGAAAUACAAGAUGAACAAAUUGAUAUCAUAUUUGCUGAAACAAAUAAUCAUUUAACUAUUAAACAUGAAUAUUUAGAACAACAGAGUUAUCAAACAAAACGAUCAUAUUUUGUACAUGAAUAUACAUUUAUUUGGUCAAGUACAAAUUAUCGAACAUGUUUUAAUGAUAAAAUCAAUUUAAUCGAUACAGGAUAUUGGUAUGGUGGAGCUACUCAAAGAACAGUUUAUUGGCCUAUAAAUCAAUUUGUAACUAAACGUCAAGCAAUGAUUCCUCAAGAUGCAUACAAAAAUAUGUUUGGUAAUGUUUGUGAACGUUAUUGGUUAUCAUCCUAUGGUUUUGCAUUAUUUGUUGAUCCACUUGUACCAUUAUUUGUUUCAAUGAAUAAAAAAUAUCUUGAAUUAAUAUCUGAAUAUCGAACACCAUAUCGACAAAAACAAUUUAUUAAACAUGAAUUUCAAUAUAAAAUUUUACAACAUGUUAAUAUGCGUGAUCUUCAUUUAACAAUGAUUAAUCGUUAUUUAGGUAAACCAAUUGAUAUACCUGAUCAUCGUAUGAUUACUGAACCAAUAUGGUCAACAUGGGCACAAUUUAAACAAAAUAUUAAUACAGAAAAAAUACUUAAUUAUGCUGAAGAAAUUGUUAAAAGAAAAUUUCCACGUUCUCAAAUAUGUAUUGAUGAUAAUUGGACACCACAUUAUGGAACAUUAGAUUUUGAUCGAAAUAAAUUUCCUAAUCCAAAAUAUAUGAUAAAAAAAUUAAAAGAACUUAAUUUUCGUGUUACACUUUGGAUACAUCCUUUUAUAUCUUGUAAAUCAUAUCAAUUUAUUAAUUAUUGGCGUCGUGGUUUAUUAAUAAAUAUGAAUAUAAUAUCAUCAUUAUUUGAUUUAAUUAUAGAACAUAAUAAAUUUUUACAAAUUAUUUUUGAUAAUUUUUUAAUUAAUCCAAAAUUUCAAUAUUUAAUUAAUUUUUUUAAAUAUAUAUAUCAAAAAAUAUUUUUUUUUUCAUUACCUGGUAUUACAUUAUGGUGGAAUGGUUUUGCUGGUAUUAUUGAUUUUACUAAUGAAAUAGCACGACAAGAAUAUAUAUUAAAUUUACAAUAUUUACAAAAAUUUUAUAAUAUUGAUAAUUUUAAAUUUGAUGCUGGUGAAGUUAAUUGGUUACCUAUAUUUAGUUCAUUUAAAAAUUCAUCUUUUCAACAAUUAUCUAUAGAUAAAAUAACAUUAGUAAACAAUCCAGCACUUUAUUCAUAUUUAUAUGCACAACUUGCAUAUCAAAUUAAUGUAAAUAAUCGUUUACAAGAAGUACGUAUUGGUUAUCGUACACAAAUAUUACCUAUAUUUGUUAGAAUUAUUGAUAAAGAUUCAAAUUGGUCAUAUAAUAAUGGUUUACGAUCAUUAUUACCAAGUAUAUUUAAUUUAAGUAUUCUUGGUUAUCCUUUUAUUUUACCUGAUAUGAUAGGUGGUAAUGGUUAUGGUCUAACAAUAACUCAAACAUGUUUACCUCAACGUGAAUUAUAUAUACGUUGGUUACAAUUAAAUAUUCUUUUACCAGCAAUACAAUUUUCUUUUCCACCAUGGAUUUAUAAUGAUGAACAAGUUAUUCGUAUAGCACAUAAAUGUCUUAAAAUACGUGAACGUUUUCAUUCAAUAUUAUUAUUAACAGCUGAAGAAUGUGUAAAAUAUGGUACACCUAUGAUUCGUCCAUUAUGGUUUUUAGAUCCAUAUGAUAUAAAUGCACAAAUAUGUGAUAAUGAAUAUAUGUUAGGAAAUAAUUUACUUAUUGCACCUGUACUUGAAGAAAAUAUUCGAGAAUUAAAAAUAUAUUUACCACAAGGAAAAUGGAAAUGUAUUUAUACGAAUGAAAUUUAUGAAGGAAAUCAAUCAUUAUCAUAUAUAGUAACAAUUGAAGAUAUUCCAAUUUUUGAACGAUAUGAGAAUUAA